AAGAAAAUUGUACUUGCCUUUGAGAACAGAGAUAGAAGCUUUGGUGGUGUUUGUAUUUUUUUGUUGAGCGGGUAGUUUUCCUCCGUGUUUAUGUGUAAGGUUCAGUUUUUAAAAUCAAAUAUCUAAGCUAUAAGAAAAUGGUUUUGUUUCCCUCUAAGUAAUUUUCGCUGAAUUAAGUACAGUGUGUGUAAUUAGCUAACAGGAAUCAUGACUGAAGUUAUCAUUAGAGAUGUUCCAAUAAAAUUUCCUUUUACACCUUAUAAAGUUCAAGAGGAUUACAUGAGUAAGGUCUUGGAAUGUCUUCAGACGGGAGUGAAUGGUGUCCUGGAAAGUCCAACUGGCACAGGAAAGACUCUCAGCUUGCUGUGCUCGUCGCUUGCGUGGCUCCAAGCCAAGAAGGCUCAGGCACAAGCAACUGCCCAGGGUCUAUUGCUCAACAACGACUCUCAGCAGACGUUCAACACAACUCUUCAGGCAGAGCUGAAGAAGUCCACAGGAGUUCCAGAAUCAUCAGGAGAUGCUAUGUGGAGUGAACGGUUAGCCACGCCUCACAUCAUCUACGCAUCUCGCACGCACUCACAGUUGACACAGGUUAUGAAGGAGUUGAAGCGUUCUGGUUACUCUCACGUCAAAGCUGCCAUCCUGGGCUCACGAGACCAGCUGUGUCUUCACCCAGACCUCUCCCAGGAACAAGGCUUCAUGAAGGUGACAAUGUGUCGAGCCAAGGUAAGAGAAAGGACAUGUCAUUUCUACAACAAUUUCGACACCAACAAGAUGGACAAGGGGUUCGCACCGCCUGAAGUGGUGGACAUAGAGGACCUGGUCAAGUUCGGCAACAAGAGGCAGUGCUGCCCGUACUACUUGGCCCGUGAGCUCACCACUUCCGCUGACAUCACGUUCAUGCCCUACAACUAUCUGCUGAACCCUCAGACUCGCCAGCAACAGCGUCUCGACCUCAAUAAUGCAGUGGUGAUACUUGACGAGGCCCACAAUGUGGAGAAGAUGUGUGAGGAGUCUGCUUCAGUUCACUUUAGUAGCACCGACAUCGCUCUUUGUAUUAAUGAAGUCACUCAGGCAAUGAAAAAGUUUAGUGACAAUUUAAAUCAAGAAUCAGACGGAGACACAGAGAUGGAUUUCAAAAUGGAAGAUUUGUGUUUAUUGAAGACAAUGUUUUUGGCUCUAGAAAAGGCUGUUGAUGAAAUAGAACUGGAUACUGUGAAAGAAGAGGGCCCCAACAAGGGAAAGAAGGCAGGGAGAACAUUCCCAGGAUCGUACAUAUUUGGACUACUUGGCAAAGCUGAACUCAGGAAGUUGUCCCUUCAACUAGCCGGGCCAUGGCUGUCUGUGUAUGGUCUCCACUCCUCAAUUGUGAGAGACCAGGCUCUGACAGGUCUGGCACAGUUCUUGUCCACCACCAGUGACUCUCCCCUUGCCUCAAAGGGCAACAUGCUUGUAAUAUAUACAAUUGUCUGUUCAGAUUCAAGGAGAGAGAACGUGCCAGUAAUAGACCAGGCUCUGACAGGUCUGGCACAGUUCUUGUCCACCACCAGUGACUCUCCCCUUGCCUCAAAGGGCAACAUGCUUGUGCGCUUCAACGAGUUCCUCAAGGUCGUUUAUGCCAGCUGUGGCCCCCAGGGUGUCAAGAACAAUUCUGAUCUAUUUUACAAGGUAUACAUUGAACCGGAAGUACCGAAGAAAGCCAAACCUGAUUCUUGGUCCAGCUCCAAAACUACCCUCAACUCCAAUGCUAAGGAUGAGAUCUCUGCUGAAGCAGGGGGUUCACUGCAUAGUCCUGACCAGUGGAAACCCUGUCGCCUCUACAUGCUACCAUCUCUGAGCUGGGCAUUCCCAUCCCUGUACAACUUGAGAACCCUCACAUCAUUGAGCCAUCUCAGUGGAACCCUGUCGCCUCUACAUGCUACCAUCUCUGAGCUGGGCAUUCCCAUCCCUGUACAACUUGAGAACCCUCACAUCAUUGAGCCAUCUCAGUGGAAACCCUGUCGCCUCUACAUGCUACCAUCUCUGAGCUGGGCAUUCCCAUUCCUGUACAACUUGAGAACCCUCACAUCAUUGAGCCAUCUCAGUGGAACCCUGUCGCCUCUACAUGCUACCAUCUCUGAGCUGGGCAUUCCCAUUCCCUUACACUCUAUAGUCCUGACCAGUGGAACCCUGUCGCCUCUACAUGCUACCAUCUCUGAGCUGGGCAUUCCCAUUCCUGUACAACUUGAGAACCCUCACAUCAUUGAGCCAUCUCAGAUCUCUGUAAAUGUGUUGAACAAAGGGCCAACUGGUGAAAAACUGAUAUCUACCUUCGCUAAUAGGGAGAAUCCAAAGUACCUGGGAGAUCUAGGGAGAAUGCUGACCAACUUCUGCAGAGUGGUACCAGAUGGAGUGUUGAUGUUUUUUCCGUCUUAUCCACUCAUGGAGAAAACCAUAAAUCUUUGGCAACAAGAAGGUUUCUGGUCCCAAAUAAUCGCCCUAAAGCCGCUGUUUGUGGAGCCGCAGUACAGGGACCGGCUGGCCGAUGUGAUGAAGGAGUACAACUCAGCUCUGGAGGCAGAAGACUCGCGUGGUGCGGUAUUCCUGGCCGUGCUGCGAGGCAAGGUGUCGGAAGGUAUGGACUUCGCAGAUGCCCGCUGCCGUGCAGUCAUCAUCACCGGACUGCCUUAUCCACCUUUCAAGGACCCCAGAAUUAUACUGAAGCGAGAGUAUGUUGAUAACCUUCGCAAAACUGAUCCUAAGGCUCUCUCGGGCAACGAAUGGUAUCAGUUGGAGGCCACCAGGGCUGUGAACCAAGCUGUGGGCCGCGUGAUCCGACAUGGCAGCGAUUUCGGAGCCAUCAUGCUCUGUGACUGUCGGUUCGAGUCGUCCAACAUCACCAACUCUCUGUCAGCUUGGGUGCGACCCCACAUUAACAAGUGUCAAGAGUUUGGACUUGCCUACGGUCGUGUGUCCAAGUUCUUCAAGAGCAUGGGGAUAGCACCACAGACACGGCCUAUUCAAUCAGGUGCUAGUUUUGAUUCUGUGGAAGGUAAAGUGCGGAUAAAGGAAAAAGCUGAAAAACCACGAAAAGAAAAUUUAAGUCAAAAUUCAAUGCAGCAGUUUUUAGAAAAGGUUCUACAGACACAACCGAAAACGAAGACUUCAGCACAACCUUCCCCCAGUGGUCUGUUUGAUGCCAUUGAUGUCUCAGCAUCUCAGAGUGAAUCAAGAAAAAAAGAUAUUCUGAGGAAAUGCUUUAACCAACCCAAGGAAGAACCAACACAGCCACAAGUUCUGCCUGUUGCCAAGAAGAGAAAGCUUCAAAUUGUGCCUUUAAAGUUUGACUCCAGCGAACCUUCCUCCAGCGAAGCGGAACGUUCCAAGACCAGCAUGGAAUAUAUCAGAGAGGUAAAGAGCAGGAUAAGUGAUGACAACUUUCUCCAGUUGAAGAAUGCAGUCAAGGCCUACGCACAUCCUCAACAGUCCAACUACAACAAUACCAUUUUGUGUCUUCGCAAAGUCUUCCCUGAUUCUAAAACCAAAGACCUUUUCAUCGGUUUCAAGAGGUAUAUAAAAGCUGAGCAUUUGAAGCAAUUUGAAGAACUGUGUCUGAAGUUGUUUGGCUCAACGACGUGACACAUCUCGACUGAUAGCUGAUUGGCUGAACUGUAAUCAUCACGACUGCUCCUGCCUUCGUGUCUGGACAAGACAGCGCUCGUACUUGUCUAACUGUGACGGCUGCAUGGACGUCAGUUCUGUCAUUAUCAUCCAGAGUUAGAUUAGUUGUUACAUGUUAAAAUUGUAUAGAUUGAUAUUAUUUAUUUUAAUAAAACAAGAAAUUACUAAAUCGUCAAGAUCAAUAUCCCAUUAAUUCAGUUCCUGCAGCAGUCAUUUUUAACAUAUUAUCCUAAAUAAACAUACAAAUUGUUAGAACUUCGAAUGAGUAUAUUCCUAUUUUUAUAUGUAAAAUAGUGUUAGUGUACCUGGGAGUUAAUUAUGCAACACAAAGAUUGUGUCAAAGUUGAUUAAGCGAUGGCGGUCACAACUGUAAAUAAGAAAAGAGUAGUUAAAUGAGACAGGAACUUUUUAUAAUGCACCACUGUUAUUUUAUAUUUUAAAUUAAGUUGUAUAACUGGUUGAAAUACAGCAAUUUCAUUAUUA